GAGCAGGGAGGGACUCUGUCCUUACCAAUACUUGGCACUGAAAAUCUGCCAGUUCAGUGCCCAACCAUGCAGGGAAUAAACAGGUUGUUUCAACUGGGCCUCCUGCUGGGACUGGAGCUGGGGCUGGAGGGGGCCUUGCCUCCACCCUGUGACAGUCAGAUUUACUGUACAGGGGAGCUCCUCCGGCAGGUGCAGAUGGCCAAGCUCUACGAGGAUGAUAAGCACUUUGUCGACAUGCCUCUGACCAAAGCUCCAGACCAAGUUCUAAAAGCUUUUGAUGAGCUGCAGAAAUCCAGUGGAGGCAACCUUUCUCGGGACCAGCUGAAAACCUUUGUUAGUGAACACUUCACAGACCCGGGGCAGGAAAUGCAGACCUGGAUUCCGGAGGACUGGAAGGACAGUCCCAAAUUCUUACAGAACAUUUCAGACACCAGACUCCGGGCCUGGGCAGCAGAUCUGCACAAUCUUUGGAAGAAGCUGGGAAGGAAGAUAAAACCUGAGGUCUUGAAACAGCCUGACCAAUACUCUCUAAUCUAUUCAGCCCACCCCUUCAUUGUGCCUGGUGGACGCUUUAUUGAAUUCUACUAUUGGGAUUCCUACUGGGUGAUGGAGGGGCUGCUUUUGUCAGAGAUGUCUAAAACAGUUAAGGGCAUGCUGCAGAACUUCCUGGACAUGGUGAAACACUACGGGCACAUCCCCAAUGGCGGUCGGGUAUACUACCAGCAACGGAGCCAGCCCCCGCUCUUGACCCUCAUGAUGGACCGGUACUUGAAGUAUACCAAUGACUUGGACUUCCUCAGAGAGAACAUUAACAUCCUGGACCAGGAACUGAACUUCUGGAGGCAUAACAGAAGUGUCAGCAUCAGCCACAACAAGAAGAACUACACCCUGAAUCGCUACCACGUGCCCUAUGGGGGGCCCAGACCAGAAUCCUACAGCAAAGACGCAGAACUGGCAGAGCUCCUACCGAUGGGUGCCAGGGAGUCCCUGUGGACAGAACUGAAGGGUGGGGCUGAAUCAGGCUGGGAUUUCUCUUCCCGCUGGUUUAUCGGCAGCAACUACCUGCUUGACAUCAAGACUAGCCAGAUCGUGCCGGUUGAUCUAAAUGCCAUCCUGUGCCAGGCUGAGAAUUUAAUGAGCACCUUCUAUUCCCAGCUGGGGAACCUGCAAAUGUCCGAGAACUACCUCAGAGAACAGACUCAGCGAAAAGAAGCCAUGAAGGCUCUGCUGUGGAAUGAGACCUUGGGCAGCUGGUUUGAUUAUAACUUAGAGAAUGGGCAACAAAACCACGCCUUCUACCCUUCCAACCUCAGUCCCCUCUGGGCAGGUUGUUUUUCUGAUCUUGACACAGUCAAAAAGAAUAUAAAGUACCUUGAGGACAACAAGAUACUGGCCUACAAGCACGGGGUUCCGACGUCCCUCCAGAUAAGUGGCCAGCAAUGGGACUUUCCCAAUGCCUGGGCCCCUCUCCAGGACCUGGUUGUGAAAGGUCUGGCAGAGUCCGCCUCGGCCCAAGCUCAGGAGGCGGCCUUUCAGCUGGCCCAGAAGUGGAUCCAGACCAACUUUGACGUUUAUCAGAAGAACAAAGCCAUGUAUGAGAAGUACGACAUCAGCACUGACUCCGGGGAGCCUGGUGGUGGAGGAGAAUACAGAGUGCAGGUAAGGGGCCAGCCCCUCCGAGGCAGGGUCUGUGCCAGGGUGGCCGUGACAGGCCAGCCAGCCUUCCAUCUGACCCGCUGUGUCCCGUCCCCAGGAGGGCUUCGGCUGGACCAAUGGCGUCGCCCUGCAGUUCCUGACUCGCUACGGGGACCGGCUGACUUGCGGGUCAGGGCCUGUGCUGCUCCCCACUAGCUGGCUGCCCCUGACCCUCCUGCUUCUGGGCUUGCUCUGCUGAGACAGGAGGGCUCGGCCUGGUCUCUGGGAGUGCGUGGAUUCUCCCCGGGCAGGGCCGUCCCUUUGUCCUUGUGUUCAAUAAACCGGUUAUUACAUCAUCCCAGCCCCAUCAUUAGCCAGCUGUUUCUGAAGGCCGGG